AUGGCGGAGCCGGCUGAGUCGGCCGAGGUCUCCACCAGCCAACAGACCCUGUGGGCUGGCGAGCGUCCCAAAAAGGAGGGUGAACUACACAGCCUGGCGUCAUUUGGGACCAUUCUCAAGUUUCGAACCAUCAGAAACUGCGCAUCUCAUACACACCCCCGUGAUGUUAUUGAUUUGGAAGAGGCACUGGAGGAAGAAGCAGGAGAUAUGUGGGGAGAUGCCUCCAUCAUUGUGAAGUGUGCGAAGGACUUGUCGCAUGGCAGCAUCUUCGAUGUCUUUGAAGCCGUUCGAUCUUGCGCACAUGACAUGGCCAGAAUGGAAGCGCAGCAGAACUGGGGACCAGCUUCGGGACAAAUAAUCUGCGCCAUGCGACGAGUUGAGGAGAUGCUGAAACCAUUAUUGCUGCUGGAAGAAGUGCGCAAAAGCUCCUUGCCAACAACCCGGCCUCGUCAUCAAGGCCCUCAUGUGCAAAGUGUCACAGAUGAGUCAUGGACACGAGGGCACCCAGAGGAUUCAGACCUUCCGGAGGCGAUUGUGGGAGGGAACCUGACAGCCGAAUUGCAGAAACUGGAACAAGAACUGCUGGAGCAGCAGAACAAAUACGGAAACAGAGUUCACCCUGACAUUGCCGCAACACUGCAUGAGCUGGGCGAAGUGAGCCGAGAGGCCGGAGAUUUUCCAGAAGCAAAGCAGUAUUUGGAGGAGUCCUUGCGAAUGAAUCGCUCCCUGCACGGUGAUCGGGAUCACCCCGACAUUGCCGCAACACUGCACGCGCUGGGCGGAGUGAGCCGAGAUGCCGGAGAUCUUCCAGAAGCAAAGCAGUAUUUGGAGGAGUCUUUGCGAAUGAAGCGCUCCCUGCACGGUGAUCGGGAUCACCCCGACAUUGCCGCAACACUGCACGCGCUGGGCACAGUGAGCCGAGAUGCCGGAGAUUUUCCGGAAGCAAAGCAGUAUUUGGAGGAGUCCUUGCGAAUGAAUCGCUCCCUGCACGGUGAUCGGGAUCACCCUGACAUUGCCGUAACACUGCAUGCGCUGGGCGGAGUGAGCCAAGCUGCCGGAGAUCUUCCAGAAGCAAAGCAGCAUUUGGAGGAGUCUUUGCGAAUAAAGCGCUCCCUGCACGGUGAUCGGGAUCACCCUGGCAUUGCCGCAACACUGCAUGCGCUGGGCGGAGUGAGCCGAGCUGCCGGAGAUCUUCCAGAAGCAAAGCAGCAUUUGGAGGAGUCUUUGCGAAUGGAGCGCUCCCUGCACGGUGAUCGGGAUCACCCUGACAUUGCCGUAACACUGCAUGAGCUGGGCGGAGUGAGCCUGGAUGCCGGAGAUCUUCCAGAAGCAAAGCAGCAUUUGGAGGAGUGCUUGCGAAUGGAGCGCUCCGUACACGGUGAUCGAGAUCACCCUGACAUUGCCACAACACUGCAUGCGCUGGGCACAGUGAGCCGAGCUGCCGGAGAUCUUCAAGAAGCAAAGCAGCAUUUGGAGGAGUCCUUGCGAAUGAAUCGCUCCCUGCACGGUGAUCGGGAUCACCCUGACAUUGCCGCAGCACUGCGUGCGCUGGGCACAGUGAGCCGAGAGUCCUUGCGAAUGAAGCGCUCCCUGCACGGUGAUCGGGAUCACCCUGGCAUUGCCGCAACACUGCAUGCGCUGGGCACAGUGAGCCAAGCUGCCGGAGAUCUUCCAGAAGCAAAGCAGCAUUUGGAGGAGUCCUUGCGAAUGGAGCGCUCCCUGCACGGUGAUCGGGAUCACCCUGACAUUGCCGUAACACUGCAUGAGCUGGGCGGAGUGAGCCGAGCUGCCGGAGAUCUUCCAGAAGCAAAGCAGUAUUUGGAGGAGUCCUUGCGAAUGAAGCGCUCCCUGCACGGUGAUCGGGAUCACCCUGGCAUUGCCGCAACACUGCAUGCGCUGGGCACAGUGAGCCAAGCUGCCGGAGAUCUUCCAGAAGCAAAGCAGCAUUUGGAGGAGUCCUUGCGAAUGAAUCGCUCAGUGCACGGUGAUCGGGAUCACCCAGACAUGGCCGCAACAUUGCAUGCGCUGGGCGGAGUGAGCCGAGCUGCUGGAGAUCUUCCAGAAGCAAAGCACAAUUUGGAGGAGUCUUUGCAAAUGAAGCGCUCCCUGCACGGUGAUCGGGAUCACCCUGACAUUGCCGCAACACUGCAUGCGCUGGGCAGAGUGAGCCAAGCUGCCGGAGAUCUUCAAGAAGCAAAGCAGCAUUUGGAGGAGUCCUUGCGAAUGGAUCGCUCCCUGUACGGUGAUCAGGAUCACCCUGGCAUUGCCGUAACACUGCAUGCGCUGGGCGGAGUGAGUCGAGAUGCCGGAGAUCUUCCAGAAGCAAAGCAGUAUUUGGAGGAGUCCUUGCGAAUGAAUCGCUCCCUGCACGGUGAUCGGGAUCACCCUGACAUUGCCGCAACACUGCAUGAGCUGGGCGGAAUGAGCCGAGAUGCCGGAGAUCUUCCAGAAGCAAAGCAGCAUUUGGAGGAGUCCUUGCGAAUGAAGCGCUCCCUGCACGGUGAUCGGGAUCACCCUGGCAUUGCCGCAACACUGCAUGAGCUGGGCACAGUGAGUGAAGCUGCCGGAGAUCUGCCAGAAGCAAAGCAGCAUUUGGAGGAGUCCUUGCGAAUGGAUCGCUCCCUGUACGGUGAUCGGGAUCACCCUGACAUUGCCACAACACUGCAUGCGCUGGGCGGAGUGAGCCUAGCUGCCGGAGAUCUUCCAGAAGCAAAGCGGCACUUGGAGGAGUCUUUGCGAAUGAAGCGCUCCCUGCACGGUGAUCGGGAUCACCCUGGCAUUCCCACAACACUGCAUGCGCUGGGCGGAGUGAGCCUAGCUGCCGGAGAUCUUCCAGAAGCAAAGCAGUAUUUGGAGGAGUCUUUGCGAAUGAAUCGCUCCCUGCACGGUGAUCGGGAUCACCCUGGCAUUUCCGGAACACUGCAUGUGCUGGGCGGAGUGAUCCUCCAGAAGCAAAGCAGUAUUUGA